UUUUUUUUCGAAAAUAGCAACUGUUGUUGCAACGGUUGUCACUACAUUAGGUCAUGUGAUAGAACAUGCUGUUUAAAAUUGUUUAUUUUAUCUUACUGAAGUGGCCGAUGGUGUCGGAAAAUCUCUGAGAUGAUAAACGUGUUUUGUUGGAUUCUAUUUAGAAACCUACAUAUUUCGGACUUAAUAUAGAUAAUUUAUAUAAACGUUAAACGCAGGAGUUAACCAAUUCUACAAUUGUGACUUUUUAAUGUUUUUGAAUAAUUAUUUAGACGAUAUUUUUCAUUUUGAUAUUUACGGGGUAAUUUCAUACUUGCGAAGACAAUACAUACUUCUUCAUGAAGACAAUAAAAAUUACCCUUACCGCAUUGAUCGCCUUAGUUAUUGUCAAAACGGGUGUCCUUUUGGCUUUGGUUCAGUAUUGGCGCCUUUUAAGACAACACAAGGUCGAAUCAGAAUGGUGCUCUCCCUUAGACGUAACAAGUCAAGGAAACCUAGACCUUCUUGGACAGCUUAUAGUAAAGACUGACAAAAAUACAAAUCGAAACAAAGCAUGUGGCAAACUGAGUACCAUGUUGACAACAGUUGUUAAUCAGAAUAUACAUGACAGCUACGACAGUGACGCUUGUCCAGAGCCAGAGAUUCUUGAUUUAGGUAUCAAAGCAUUCAACUGUACAGCUUCAAAGAAAGCUGAAUCUACGUUACACCUUAAUAACGUACUAUCACAUGCAAAACCAGUACCUGGGAAACGAACUAAAGUAUACUGGAGCCCUAUUACAUAUAUGAUUACACAUCAUAUGAAAUACAUCCAGGAGGAAGGAGUAAUCUACAUCAAACAAUCUGGCUAUUACUUUGUGUCGUCUUUGCUGACAGUCAGAGCAAACAACAUGACAUCGACUGAUACCGUUACAGGUUCAGAGGAUGCAAUCAGUCACGUUGUUAACGUAAUACACCAAGAAUCUGGGACUGAACGAGUUCUUCUUGAAAACGUAAAAACCACGUGUGUCUUAUCAUUCGGUCAUGCAGAAAGGUCAAGUAUUUUAGGAGCUCCUUUUUACUUAAAUCAGCAGGACAAAGUAUACGUGGCCACAUCACAUCCGUAUAACAUUAUCAGUGGUCACAGUAAUAGUUAUCUAAGCAUUCAUACCAUUUUGUAAGACAACAGCAACAAUAACAUAACAAAUAAACAAUAAAAAAGACAAACAAACAAAAGUGUACUUUAAUUUGUUGUUGAUAAACUCUGGGUAAAGAAUGAUUCCAUCAGGAUAUUAUUGUUUUAAAUUCUAAUUAUUUUUGUUGUCUUUUAAUAGUAUAUAUGUGAUAUUCAAGCUUCAUAAACUUUAUUCCCAUUCAAAAUUUCAUUUUAUUUAGUUUGUCCAAUCGUUUUCUCCUUCAGAGCACACACACUUUUAUACCUAGGUAGCAUAUGCCGCUUUUCAUGGAAUGACAAUAACAUGAUACAUUGAACGUUCCAUGAUAACUGCCGUAUGAACAUAUUUGCGUAUGUUUCAAAAUUAAAAUGUUACCAAAUCAUUGUGCUUAUGCCGAGACUAAAGGUCGUAGACGGUAGCUUGCAAUAAGCAGUACCGUCCAUGUACCAAGAGCCUUCCACAUUUUUAAUUUCGCCGUGUUUUGCUUUUUUUAGGAAUUCUGUUUAUUUCUAUUUUAUUACCAUUUGUUUUCAUUCUUGUCAAUUUGUAUAAGUUCAGUCAUUGUUAUUGUGUUAAAUGUUACUCAGAAUACAUUUCUUAUGAAAUGGAUAUGUUCAACACAUACAACAGCAUCUUAUUUUUAUAGUAUUACAGCAUCUGUGUAACAACGUCAUGCAAAUAAUUGGAUGCAUGAAAAAAUGUUGAUAUUUACAUUUCUACCAAUUCAAAGUUAAAGUUUCAUAACUAUUUUGUAAGACAUGGCUUAUUUACAAAAUUUCUAUUUAUGAUUGAACAUACCACCGUGACGAUGAAUUAUAUAGACUCAUAUCAUGUAACAUUAGCUUCGUUUACUGUUGACGUGGUCUUGAAUAAAAGAGAUUUCUGAA